CAUGUUUUUGCCCCCAAACCCCCCCUCCCUCGCUCUCUCGGCGUGCGUGCUCUCGAGCAGUGCCUUGAUCGAUCGGGCCUUUGAGGUAGUCAAUCAUUUACACGGAAAUUCAAAGUGGAGAAGUUCAGUAUGGGAAAAACUGGGAAGUUUGAGAAGCAGUGGUUCACUUUUUCUUUUUAAUCGGAAGGUGCUGAGAUACUUCGGAAAAGAUGGCCAUAAUUGGAGGAAGAAGAAAGAUGGAAAGACAGUGAAGGAAGCUCAUGAGAGGCUCAAGGCGGGGAGUGUUGAUGUGCUGCACUGCUACUAUGCCCAUGGAGAAGAAAAUGAAAAUUUCCAAAGGCGAAGCUAUUGGUUGCUUGAAGAGGAGCGCUCGAACAUUGUUCUUGUACACUACCGCGAAGUAAAGAGGUCUGGCAGAUCACUAGACAAGUCGAUUUCAAUGCUUCAGAUGGAGCUGGCUGUUACUCAAAGUUCUCAAGAGAUGAGGAGAUCUGAUGAGUUCACUCACAUCUCUGAAUUGACUCAUGAGGGCUUGCCAAGGAAGAAGGCUUUCAUAGUUAUUGGAAUUAAUUCUGCUUUUAGUAGUAGGAAGAGGUGUGAUUCGGUUAGACAAACUUGGAUGCCUCAGGGCGAGAGACUUCUUCAAUUGGAACAAGAGAAGGGAAUUAUCAUGCGGUUCAUGAUUGGCCAUAGUGCAACAUCUAACAGCAUACUAGAUCGAGCUAUUGAUUCAGAAGAUUCUCAGCAUAAGGACUUCCUCAGGCUGGAGCACGUUGAAGGGUAUCAUGAAUUGUCUGCAAAAACCAAAAUUUUCUCCUCCACUGCUGUUGCAAAAUGGGAUGCUGAUUUCUAUGUUAAAGUGGAUAAUGAUGUCCAUGUCAAUUUGGGAAGCUGGGUGCUUUUUUGUUGUUCUGGAAUGUGUGCUUGCACUUGUUGCUGCUGCUGCAACAUUUGCUCUUCGAAUCCUUACAAUUGGUAUUGGGACACAAAUGAAGGAGCUCGGAGCACAAUCCAGUGCUACAGAUGAGGAGAUCUUCAAACAGGUUCUAGGGCUUGAUCGACCUGGUCGUGUUCGAACAAAUGGAUUGGGUCCUUCUCUGACAAAUGUCUUUGGAGGUGGAUUUAGGCAAUUACAAGAGCAGGCUCAUCUCAUCUAGACACAAGUCCAAGAGCAACUUAACCAACAUAAAGUACAAAUGGAAAUGCAAGUGAAGGAGAUGAUGGAUGCUAUGUUUAGUCAGAUGCAAGGUACAAUCCAAGCUCAACAAGCACGAAUAGAGUAGUUGGAGUCUCAACCGACCAUGGGUGGGCCUGUUGCACCAACUACUACACAUGUGCAUUCACAACAACAAUCCCAUGCAUACCUCGUCGUUUAAUUGCCAUCAUUCAUCCGAGGAAGUUCAAAUAUCAGAGGAAGAAGAAGUAGAUAGAGGACAAACUCAAUGUCGGAGGGACUCUUUUUUGUAGAAACAUUUGAAUGAAUCUUUGUUAGGGUACUAGUCUAUCUCUGAUCUUCCAUGAUGAUGGCGGAAAUCGGGCAGUGGUGACAUCACUGAUGCAUUUUGCACUAAUAGAUGGGAAUGUAAUUUUUAAUGCAUCACAAUUUUGUUAUAGAAUUUGGGCCCUCUUUCAGAUUUUUGAAAAACAAAGUUCUAGGCUUGUUUCUUAUUUUUGAUUGCACAUUUCUAAAGCAAGGAUUGAAUACACUGUAUAUUUUUAUUUUGAUGAAGCAAAUAAUAAAAACACCCAUCAAUUGUAAACAAA